AUGGCAGCCGGCGAGGCCACCAAACAUUUUUGUGAGAUGGUUACUUGUCCAAUCUGCCAGGAGUUUUUCAGCGAUCCGGUGAGCAUCGCCGAGUGCGGCCACAGUUUCUGCCGCGCCUGCCUGACCGGGAGCUGGGGGGCAUCGGGGGCAGAGGUUUCCUGCUGCCCCCAAUGCAGAGGGAGCGCUCAGGAAGGGACCCUCCGGCCGAACCAGCAGCUGGCAAGUUUUGCCGAAGUAGCCAAGAAAUGCAGUCCUCGGGGCGGGAAGGGGGGAGAAGGAAAGGAGGCCAUCUGCGAGAAGCACCAGGAGCCCCUGGAAUUUUUCUGCAAGGUGGACCGCAUCCCUAUCUGCCUGGUCUGUGACAGAGCCAAGGAGCACCGAAAUCACCAAACCUUUCCUCUGGAGGAGGUUUUCCAAGAAGACAAGACUGUGAUCAAAGCUGAAGAGAGGAGAGUCUGUGAGAAGCACCAGGAGCCCCUGAAGCUUUUCUGUAAAGAUGACGAUGUCCUCAUCUGUACCGUCUGUGAUAGAACCAAGGAGCACAACUAUCAUGAGGUGAUUCCUAUUGAGGAAGCUGCCCGGGAGUUUAAGAAAACAACAAAAGCAGAGAAGGAAAAGGCAGUGGCUGAGUUCAGGCAAUUACACCAGUUUCUGGAACAACAAGAGAAACUCCUGCUGACUCAGAUGGAAGAAACGGAGAAAGAGAUUGCAAGAAGAAGGGAAGAACAUUUGGCUAAGCUCUCUGAAGAACUCUCCUCUCUUCAAUGUCUCAUCAGGGAGAUGGAGAGGAAAUGCCAUCAGGCAGAUGGUGAACUCUUGCAGGAGAUCAAAAGCGAUUUGCAGAGGUGUAAGAAGAAGUUUGAGAAUCCAGAGACUUUCCCUUCUGAGCUGAGAUGGAAAAUCUGGGACUUACGUCAUCUACGUCAUCCCUUUCUGGAGAGUGUCAUGAAGAAAUUCAAAGCCUGCUCCAAGUUCUUCACCAGCCAGGGCCAGGUGUUCCUCACCGUGUUGGCCCAGACAGAUACCUCGGGGGGAUCGCCACCUGGAGGGAGGGAUAUGGCCCCCAAGGGCCCGAAGUCCAUCCCAUAUACUGCUUUGAACGGGCUUAUACCAGUAGCAGAGUGUACUGAGAACUUAGAUACGAACACGGACUCCCUGUCGCUCACGACCUUCCACGGAAAGCUGUGUACCAUUUCCGUCAGCAGCCUGGAGCAGGAGAGACCUAUCUCUCCGCUCUUGUUGAAGGGCUCCCUCCCACCUUUCUUUGACGGUCUCGGGAAGGUUCUCCGGGACCGCCCAGAUCUGGGGAAUAUGGCCUCUCUGGUCUCUGGACCAAAGCUGAAAGCAGCAAACGUGACUCUGGAUCCAGACACGGCCAAUUCCAAACUUAUCCUGUCUGGGGAUCGGAAAAGCGUGAGAUUGGGAAAUGAGGCUCAAGCUCUGCCCGACAAUCCUAAGAGAUUUAACUCAUUAAGCAUCGUGCUGGGCCGUGAGGGAUUCACAUCAGGCCAACAUUUCUGGGAAGUCACUGUGGGCAGCAGGGGAGAGUGGUCUCUCGGGGUCGCCAGAGAAUCUGUGAACAGGAAGCAAUAUAUCAGGGUUGCUCCUUGGAACGGGAUCUGGGCUGUGGAGAAAACGGGAAGUGAGUGCUAUGCUCAAAUUAAGGCUGAAAGCUUUUCAGCUCUGACGGUUCAGCUCAGGAGGAUCCGUGUGUGUCUAAACUAUGACAAACAGCAAGUAGCCUUUUUCGAUGCUGACACAGCAGCUCCUCUCUGUACAUUCUCAGAAGCCUCCUUUUCUGGAGAGACCCUUUUCCCCUUCUUUUUGUUGCAUUUCAAUGCCCAGCUGGAUCUCUCUUUUUGA